AUAUACGACAGCUCGAAGUUUUAGGAGAACACGCGCGGACCAUAUGAUACAAGAGAUUGAGGUUUUGGGAGAAUCGAUAAGUAUUACUGUUGGGGUGUCUAGCAUCUCCUUGAAACAUGGCUAUAUAAGUUAUAGUUACGUCGUCUCCAACAAGUAACUGUUUUUGAUGUAGUGAUUAACGUCUGGGUCCUGAAAAAUGUUACACAGGUUAUAGUUGCGUCAUCUCCAAUAAGUAGUUGUUUUUUUGUGUGUAGAGAUCAGCGCUUGGGUCCCAUAAAUUACCAAACAUUUACAUAUAGUCGCGGAAAUUUUAACAUCAGAUCAUUAACAAUCACCCCUUCACCUUCUUCUUCACAGCAAUCUUUUCAGUUGAUGAAAUGGGCGGUCAAGUAGAGAUCAUAGAGCAAAGAAAGCCCAAGUUCUUGUGCCUUCAUGGGUUCAGAACCAGUGGCCAUAUACUCAAAACUCAGCUUCAUAAAUGGCCUGAAUUUGUUCUCGAAAAACUUGACUUAGUUUUCCCAGAUGCCCCUUUGCCUUGCACCGGAAAAUCUGGAGUAGAAGGAAUCUUUGAUCCUCCUUAUUAUGAGUGGUAUCGCCCUAGCAAGGAUUGCACAGAGUAUACUAACUUUGAUGGGUGUCUCGAGUAUAUACAAGAAUGUAUGAUUAAGCAUGGACCUUUUGAUGGCCUACUUGGUUUUUCACAGGUACAAAUACACUAAUUUCUUUCCAAAUUAAUGUACAAUGAUAUUAGUUUGUGAUUGUCAAUUGUUAGAUUCUAAAUUUUUCAGGGAGCCUUUAUAUCAGCUGCACUGCCUGGGUUGCAAGCCAAGGGUUUGGCUCUCACAGAAGUACCAAAAAUAAAAUUUGUGAUUAUAAUUAGCGGUGGUAAGUUACAUAAUGAAGCUUUCUCAGAGAAGGCAUUCUCAGAGGCAAUUACUUGCCCGUCUCUGCACUUUCUAGGCGAGACGGACUUCCUGAAACCACAUGGAACUGCGCUUCUGGAAUCAUUUGUAGAUCCUGUAGUGAUUCAUCAUCCCAAGGGGCAUACAAUACCAAGACUUGAUGAAAAAGGUUUGGAGUUGAUGCUGGGUUUCCUUGAAAAGAUACAAAAGGAACUUACCAACCAGGAAGUCUUCUCACUUGACUACAAAGGAUUUACAACAUUCAAGAGUGAAAUGGCUGAUGAAGCUGAGAUCGUAGAGCAAAGAAAACCCAAAUUCUUGUGCCUUCAUGGGUUCAGAACCAGUGGUCAUAUACUCAAAACCCAGCUUCAUAAAUGGCCUCAAUUUGUUCUUGAUAAACUUGAUUUGGUUAUACCAGAUGCCCCUUUCCCCUGUACUGGAAAAUCAAGCGUCGAAGGAAUCUUUGACCCUCCUUAUUAUGAAUGGUUUCAACCUAACAAGGAUUUUACCGUGUUUACUAAUUUUGACGAGUGUCUUGAGUAUAUACAAGAAUGUAUGAUUAAGCAUGGACCUUUUGAUGGGCUGCUAGGUUUUUCACAGGGAGCCUUUUUAUCAGCUGCACUGCCUGGGAUGCAAGCCAAGGGUUUGGCUCUCACAAAAGUACCAAAAAUAAAAUUUGUAAUUAUAAUUAGCGGUGGUAAGUUGAAGAAUGAAGCUUUAUUGCAGAAGGCGUUCUCAGACGUUUAUCACUUCCCAUCUUUGCACAUUUUAGGCGAGAUGGACUUCCUGAAACCACAAGGAACAGCGCUCCUAGAAUCAUUCGCAGAUCCUGUAGUGAUUCAUCAUCCCAAGGGGCAUACAAUACCAAGACUUGAUGAAAAGAGUUUGGAGUUGAUGUUGGGUUUCCUUGAAAAGAUACAAAAGGAACUUACCAACCAGGAAGCUCAAGAAGAGAAGUGCUCAGAUAAUACUCUAUAGUUAUGCAGUACUUGAGCUUAAUUUGAAAGCUUGUGUAAUUACGUUCUGAUCUUCUUUUUAUAUGAUUCUCAAUUAAUAUUAACAAUCUGAUAGCAUUAAGAAUAAGCAGCAACCUAUGGUACUGAAGUGAAUGUAUUUGAUUUUAGUUGCAUUAGAUGAAUUGUUUCCAAAUUAAAUUUAUUAUUACAAUUAAAGAGAACAA